CAUCCUUUUUCUGUUUUGUCAGAUAUUUCUGAUAUUGCAUACUGAGAGAUUACAAUGUUCACACUUAAAUUAAAUCUAUACAGCAGUAUAUUUAAGAAGAUGUAUCACUUCAGUAGAGUGAUAUUACACAUAAUUAUAUAACAAAGUGAGCUACUGAACUAUUGUAAUACAAUAUUUGCUAAAGCUUCCAAGCAUGUAAGUUGUAAAUAAUAGAGUUGAAGUGAAAACACAGAGAAAUAUAUCUCGCUAUAUUACAUUUUUUCUGAGUUAAUUUGACUUUUGACUUUUAAUUGGCUGAACCAGUGAGUUUUGAGUGAAUUAUGAUUUCUUACGGUAAAGGUAACAACCUAUAUAAACUUACCACAAACACAAAGCUGGUUAUAGCAGGAUAUGAUAGCUAUAACCCUAUAGUAUGUUUCAGAACCUUUAAAAUAUACAAAAUAAUCCAUGCCAUGAGGUGCCAUUGGAAUAAUACGCAAUAUUACACAUUUUAUGCACACAUUGGUUUUGAAAUGAUAACAAAUUUAAAUCUUAGAUUAAAAAAGAGAAAACACGUUUGUCAAUUCCACCAUUACCAAGUAGAAAGAAUGACUUGUAAAGUACAUGUAUUGUACUAAAACAUACCCCAUUUUGCAACAGUUUAACUCAUUUAUUCAGGUCUCGGUGACACCUCAGUGUGACAGCCUGUUGUUAGAUAUUCCACUUCAACUAGCCUGACUUAGAUUACUCUUUUUUAAACAUCUUUUGUAUUUCAGAAAACUCUAACUUCAAAAGUACUUUCGACCACUCCCAUGUGUCAUAACCACAAAGCAGUUACUGCAUUAUUGUCAGUGGAGAAGCUUAAGGCGGCCACUUCAGGAGAUCACAUUUAUUGCCGGGAAGAUUACUGUUUAAAUAUAUUUAUUACAUCAACAUGUUGCUCAAAAUGAGAUAUUCGAGUUAAUAAAGUGGCCUUCCGACUGUGAAAGUUGAGAAUAAAAGCCAAAAACAAGAGAAUAGAUCAAACUAAAUGUGUGUGUUGUAUAUUGUAAAGUGUAUACAUUUCAAAGUGAUUCAGUGUGCACUUCUCUGUUGGUGUUUAGGCAGCUGUUUAAUUGAAAUUAAAUUAAAUGUAAAUUCUCAUUGUGUUUUUAACUCAAGUGGAAUAUUUCCAAAAUUCUAAAAGCCAAGUUGGUGAUGCAAAGACAUUAAAAAUACUGCUACUGACAGAGCUUAACCAAAAGGGGUUAAAGAUUACUGCCAACAUGCAAGACAUACACCAAAUUUUCCAAAAACAGCCAUCAGGCCCAUGUGUGUGUUUUGGAGAGCGCUGUUUUCCCGCAGAUUGUGUUAUCAGGGGUCGGCAUAGCUGCACCCGGGACAGCUGUUGGGCGGAGUUAAAUCAACUGAACUGAACCCUUCAUGUGCUCCAAAAGAACCGACAGAACACCCAGUCAUUUAUUGAAAUGUGCUUGAACGCAUGGUGUGACUUCAUGGCUCGCAGAUGACCCAUGCUUUUUUAUUUCUUCUUUCUGUUUGUGUCAAAGUUUAUGCUGGAAAGGAAUAACUCGCUGGUUUGUGUCUUUGCAAGGUUGAUCUUUUGCAACGAAAGCUUGUCCUGAAUGUGUUCCACGGCCAACUAUGUUCUCCCUCUGAGGAGAACCUGUGAGGUAUUAGCCACUCCAGGCAGGCUGUGUGGGGGAGUGUCCAUGUCAAAUAAUUUCUCUGGAGCUAGGUCUCAUGGAGCUCCUCAGGACACAGAGAUGGAUGUUGCUUGGCAGGAGCUGAUGGCCAUCACAGAGCUGCAGGAGUUUGAAGUCGCCACUGCAGGCUCCUAUGAAACAGCACCAUACCAAACCAUGCAGCCCAUGGUCCCUAUGGGAGGAUAUGAGAUGGCUCAGUCCCAUUCUGAAACGCCUCCUGCGGUUUGUGAGCUCAGCACUGCUGACACUUACAAUGGAUGUUACUCUCAAGAGGUGCCUGUCCGUCACCGUCUAAGCAGCCACGCCGAGGCAAUGUACGGACACUCGGAUUCUCAGCGCAAUCAAAGAAUGCACCCCAUCGCUUCUCACUCACAGCCCUUGCACGUGGCUCUGAGGGCCCAAAUGAACAUGUCCGGUACCAACCAAGGGCAGAGGAGGGCCAACGCUGGUCUCUCUCAGGAUCUACAUCGGCACAUGCUGUGGACUACACAUGGAGCUGAUGACCUAGAGUCAGACUCUGGUCUGUCUCUGGGUUCUAGUCCUCCGCUGGCCUCCCCAGAUAAUCCUGUUAGUGGUGCACCAGGUUGCAAGAGUGUGACAUAUAGUGAUGGAGAACCAGACAGUAUGGGUGAACACGCCAGAAGAGCACACAUCCAUUACUCAAUGGACUACCAGAGUCAAGCUCAAUCAUAUUUACACCCAGGUGCACAGACAUCUUAUAUUUCAAACCAACCAACUUCAUCUCAACCUAGUGCUGUGACUCUGUCAAUGAAACAGGGUCAGACCACUGCUCUGAGCAACCUGCACAUUGACUCUGGAGAGUCCAGCAGAGGGAGCUCACAGUAUAACCUGUAUGCACAACCACAAGGAAGUAUCUCCAGCCCAGCUUCAAUAAGCAGGGAUGAGCGGCGGGCAGUGUCUUUAAAGAUCCCCUUCCAAAUGGAGAAGAUCAUCAAUCUACCCGUGGACGACUUCAAUGAGCUCCUGACACAGUACACUCUGACAGAUACUCAACUGGCACUGGUCAGGGACAUUAGACGGAGAGGGAAGAACAAGGUGGCAGCUCAGAACUGCAGGAAAAGGAAGCUAGAGAGCAUAAUUCACCUUGAAAGAGAACUGCACCAGCUGCAGGCCCAAAGAGAGCACCUUGCACAGCAAAGAGUUGAGUUCAAGCACAGCUUGGCUUUUAUUAAAUGUCACCUUACAGACCUUUAUUCUGAAGUAUUUUCUCACUUGAGAGAUGAGGCUGGACAACCAUACUCAACAGAUGAAUAUGCCCUACAACAGACACCUGAUGGUAAAAUGUAUUUGGUACCUCACGCAACGAUGCAAAAGAGAGAGCAAUGCUGAUUUUUGGAGUCAUGAUUUAAUUUCCUUACAAAAGGCUGAAGGAUUGUGCCAAUCGAAAGUAUAUCAACUGAAAGUUAAAUGUAAAACGUGCCAUACAUUUAUCAUUGGACACCUGUCAUCCUCUUACAAUGAACUGAAACCACACCAGAGUUCCUUAUAAAAAAUAGUUUAUUAAUAUAAAUAAGACACUGCACAGCAGUCGUAUUCAAAAAAAAAAAUUACCCGCCCGAUUGUUCAGGAAACCUGUAAAAAAAGAAAGGAGGUUAAAUAAAGGAAAACUUAGCAAAAUAAAUUUAGGGUUUUGAAUGAUUGUACCUGAUUUAGCCAUUGUCACUGAAAUGAAGUCAGGUUUUGAAGACCAGGGGGUUCCUGUAAAGCAGAAACACCAAAUAAGUAAAGCACCCCUUUUACAAAAAGAAAAUCAUUUUUGUUCACUGCAUGCAAUAUGUUGUAGGGCCUCUAUGCACUAUUAUGAGGCCAAUUUUACCAGUCCACAUUGGUGUAUGUCAUAAUAAAACUUGUUUGCACAAA